UGCACUGAAAAGGAUUUUUUUCUAUAGCUUUCGGGAUUUUUUUAAUACAGAUAACUUAAAAUAUAAAAGUGUGAUCGGCACUGAAGAUCAAAUUUUUAAUAGCUUGAGCCUCACUUUUAUAUUUGACAGACUCCACCCUACUUUCGAUCGAGUUACGCCCCAUUUCCCCGACCUUCCAAAAAAAAAACCAAACAAACAAAAACAAAAAAAAAAUUCGUAACGUGAACGUUGGUGAGUUAGUAUUUUGUCAUUUUAAUAAAAAAAAUUGUAAUAAUUAAAUUUUAAUUAUCUUUCAAACUGGUGUUAUAUUUUUGAACCGACGUAGGUAAUAAAAAUUCACUGAGCUUCAUCACAACACCUUCUCCGCUUCACACAAUUGACUACAUUGUUAAAUUCAAGACAUAAAUUAUAUUGUCCUGUAGCACAUCUCGCCUCGAGAGUAAACUCUUCUGAUUAUAAUAAAGAUAACAUCAACACAUUGUCUGCGCGUGCGUAUCUCUUGCCGGCCUGCGCCUGCGCACUGUGACUAUCCAGGUCACCUCGAGUAAAUCGUGCAGAGACAGAGACUUCCUUCAGUGUCUCCGGGUCGUGACACCACCAACGACCAGGUUACCAAACAAACACCGUGCGGUAGGGGCCGUUGGCGUGUACACGUUGCAGGGAUUCGUUCCACUUGGGUUGUUACAAGAACAGGGAGCGCAGCUGAAAAUUCGGACUGGAAGUAUUGCACGAAAUAAUUGUAACUACGGCGUCCGCUCGUAUGUCGAGUGUACGUAACUCGAGUGUUUGUCACUAUGGUGGAGUCUGUACAGCUUUCUCGCAAGUUCCAUGAGAACAAAACUACGAACGAAGGGUAACUGCAAGGAAGCCCUCGUCAUCAAGAGCUCAAAUGUCGGACGUGAUGUCACACUGUUGUUGUUGUUGUCGCUCAUAAAUUUUGCGAGGACCUAAGUUAGUCUUUGCCGCGUACAUCGACAGUAAGGUAACGACGGCUGUCAAGUGAGUUAGCAGAGCCAGGUGUCGCUGUUAGCCAGGUUGAUCACAUGUACACGCCAGCAGUACUUUUGACAUCAGCAACUUUCGUGCGAGGCUCUGAUUUGGAGUAAGAGGAUCGAUUCAAGAAAGAAACCCUUCGCCGUCACCGUGAGGAUAUGUUUACCUGUUAAACAACUACGAAGAGAGUAAACCAAUGUUUACAUCUGAUGCAUUCUCGGACCCCGCCCCUUCUUUCUGACCACAUCAUCACCACCACUACCACCACCUUCAUCGUGAGGACAGUCUCUCCAACUGAAUCUCUGCUCCUGGCCCAGUUUCUUGACAUGGAGUGAAAGACAAUAUAAACAGUUUGAAGACUUUUGAUGAAACUUUCCUGUGACUUCACCGAGCCGAAGAGAAGUGCUGCACAUUAUUAUCAGCACCAUGCUGCAUGCUUGGAGGGUCACGUGACGACAUUCUGAGUUUCCGCUGCUGCACUUGAUGCUGAGCCUUGGAGUAACCAUCCGUGUCGGCGACGGGGACCUGAUUUCAGGCUGUGUUUGGAACGAUGCCGAGGCUGACGCGCAGCUGCAGGCAAAUUUUGCACAUCGCCAUUGUCGUCACAUGCAUCUUUCUCACUGGAAGUGUCCUCUACAACCACACAUCGCUUUUUCGCAGUCGUUCAGAUCAGCAUUGGACUUCUCUAUCAAAACUCUCUCCGGUCGACACGUACAAGGAUGUCAUUCAGACCUACUGGAGAAACAAUUCCAAGGUGGUUCUCCUCCAGAAAGAAGGCGAUGCUUACUUACCUCAGAAAAAGGAUGAGGAGAAGAACAACCAUGACCCUCUUCGCCGCGGGGUCACGUAUUGGGAGCGCGAGUCCAGGGACGCUUCCGCGAAGAUUGGCAAUCAGACGAGCGAUGUCAAGGUGAUUCUCAUGCGAGAUUUCCCGUACUACUACGAGAUCAAGCCAGGCUCCCAGGUGUUUCAAGGAUGUCCAGGUGUCAGGUCAUGCACAGUGGCCACAGACUCUAACGUUCCCGCUGAUCUGGUCAUUCUCUUCUCCAUCAACAGCAACAGUCGCAACUACAUGAAUCCGCCUCCACGACCAGCGAAUCAGAUGUGGGCAUACUUCGCCGUAGAGGCUCCUCCACACUCGUACAGCUCUGUCCUGGGGUCACCAGCAUGGCAGCUGUACUUCAACUGGACCAUGACCUAUCGCCUGGAUUCCGACAUUCGCUUUGGCUACGGUAUAGUGGUCACAAAGUCCAGCGACUCAGGAUCAUCUGACCAUAAAACUUACGACGAGAGUGCUCUGAUGAAGAAAAUCCGAGGCAAAUCCAAGAUGGCUGCAAUCUUUGUCAGCAACUGCAACGACAACGCCCAACGCCUUUCUUUUUUGAAACUUCUGAAAAAAGCUGUGCCGGGGGUGGACGUGUACGGGACGUGCGGGUCGCUCAAGUGCGACAAAGGAUCGAACAGCUGCCACGAGAUGUUGGAACGAGAUUAUUUCUUCUACCUGGCCUUCGAGAACUCGCAUUGCACGGACUACGUCACGGAAAAGGCGUUCCUGACACUGAAGUACGACGUGGUGCCCGUGGUGCGGGGAGGAGCCAACUACAGCAGCCUCGUCCCGCCCAUGUCCGUCAUCGACACGUCCGCCUUCCAGUCCAUUCUGGACCUGGGGCGCUACCUGCAGUACCUGAUGGACAACCCCACGGAGUACCUGCGCUACCUGCGGUGGAAGAAGGACUACGUCAUCGUCGAACCCCAGCCGCUGCCGUGGUGUGAGCUGUGCUCCAAGGUGCACGAGGCGUACAAGCAACGUCCACAGGCUUACGUCAACGUCAAUUCCUGGUGGGUUGAUGGCACGUGUAGACAAGCCAAUGACCUUCACCUGUAUGGACAGUUUUAAGUGUAGUCACGGUUGAGUGCAGUUUGAACCUUUGUUAUAAAUGUGACAGUUUUAACUAAUAUCAAGUGUGAUACCUAACUUAAAACUACGGCAUAGCAACGCUUGUCAAGGCUUUAAGUUUUCAGGGUGUCAAGUGAAAGAUUUUUUCAAAAAUGACAUCUUAUUUUUAUGGCGACGAAAGCUGAUGAAUAACUUUAAUAAUUCGGAAAGAAUUAUUGUUUUGUCACGACUGACAGCUUGUUCUUUGAGCUGAAACCAUGCCCGCGGAAAACAUAUUUACAGUCAUCAAUUGUUCCGGUGAAGUUUCAGUGUCUUCAACAAAGAGCAUCUAUCAAAACAGUGAUGUUACGAAUGGUGGGGAACACUUGUCUCAGAAGUCUGGAAUGUCGGUGUAUGCAAGGUUCACUAAAGUGCACUCCUCCAACCUCUAGAGUUCACUGAGAUUAUAGGAUGUCCACAAUAUCGCAAUAACCUAUAUCAGUAAUCCCAUUUGGACGAAAAUAAUCAACGUUAAUGAUGUAUAUAGACACUGCGCACUGGGACUUGACACACACUUAUCUAGCAAUGCAUUUUCGUGUAUAGACAUUAUUGUCUACCUCGGGGAGUAAGCACGCGAAGUGGAUGGCGAUGCCAUAAUGGAGCUGCUACCUCGGACUGCCACACUCUCCAAGCCUCCACCAUCCGUGCCGACAUGCACUUGUCCCCUAUUGCUAGUAAAGAUAACAGAAUCUGACUCCGAUUCCCCGUCCUACAUCCCCAAUAGCCAACUGAAAGCAAUUUAGUGAAACAAAGAAAUUAUUAUUAAAUCGAGAGACUUUUUAAUAUGUUACAGAUAUUGUAAUUAAAGUAAAAAUUCUAAAUCUGGUUAGUCUUGGCUCCAGUUACAAUUCCUUAUUUCUAACCCAGAUUGAGUCACUUCUUAUCCUUAAUUAUUACACACAACACACUAUAUCCGUUCUGCACUCACUCGCCACUUAUCUUAACACACGAAUAUCUCUCGCGACUUGGAGAGGCCUCCGAUGGUUCUUGAAUGGAAUCCGAUGAUGUCCUCGCCAAUCGUCACACGAGAACUGAGACACGAGACACGUUCCUGCCGUCACCACGUGUCUCCCCCGUCAUCUCGAGGUCGCAACUGUUGUCUAGUGCCAGACAGCGCCUAAUGAGGGACCAACACAUCCACCAGCUUCAAGAAUCCACUGCCGAGAGCAGACGACCACUGGUAGAACACUCUGUUGCAGAGCCUGAGGACUUCUGGGUAAGGUCGUGCUGGAGUACCCGCGAUUCCAAAACUGACUCUCAACAAGCAGAGAACAAAGGACGAUGAAAAUGAAAAGUCAGUCUAGCAAGGUUUUGUGUUGCUCGAAUCAAACUUAUUCACGAAGAUAGUAAAGUAUUAAAUGUGAGCCGUUAAGGUAACGUAUGUGCAGGUAUCCCGUCAUUCAACAAUUUGUUUUCGAGUGGUCUCUGUCAUUUUUUCUUAGACAUUUUUGUCAGUAGAGAAUCAUGCAUCUCUGAAGGUCGCCAAGUAUACCAAUUGUGUACAAGUCUGAGAGCCUCGAUGCCAAUUUUGCAAAUUAUUGGAGAGUGGAGCCCAGCAUCACAUGUUAUCAAUGUCAACUUGACCAAUUUAAAAAUAUCAAAUGUUUACUGUCUUAUAUGAAAGAUUAGUCAGAGGGAGGUUAGAUAAUUGUCAGGCCAGAUGAAAGCAAUCAGCAAAGAAGGACCAAUAGGACAGCCAUGACUGCUUCUACUCCCCAUCUCCCUCUUUCGGGUCGAACCAUACCUUACCAGUAAAAAUUUAACUGUUGGCCAGAACAAACAGACGGUUUACCCAAGCUAUUUAUUUUCGAGAUAAAGUUUCUCGGGUGACAGACGUGUCGCACACGUUGUCUGUGUCUAAAUGUCGACCAGGAAAUGUCACCUCGGAUUAACACCCUUGAAGUUGAAGAUAAGGAUGCUGAUCAAUCGCUUUUCAAACAAUCGGAAAGAACGAUGAACUAAGAGGUCAGGCUGACCAAAGUUUGCUCAAGUACAAAUGCACCCUGAAGAAGGAUAUGUUGCCAAUAUAUUUGUUUUGCUCUUAGUGUUUCAGGUUGUCCAUAGUCAGCUUAAAAAUACCUCGCGGAUAUCUGCAAGGAAAACGAUAUUUCUUAUACAAAACAAAAUAAUCCCACGUGACGAAUGUAAAGGUGUACAGGUCCUGUACCAAGUUCUUUUGACAAGCCCCCCAAAAAAUAUCCAACACUGCCAUUUUCAUCUAUCAUUGAUCUCACAACCCUUUUACGGAAAUGCUUCUGAGCAAGAAUCUUCAGGGAAUUAUGGGGUUCAAAUAACAACAUGAUUAAAAAUGAGAUCUUUGCGAGUUUGUAAAUCGCAUUCUUUUUUGUAAUGGACAAUGUAUCUUGUUUCUUUUCCUGUGCUAGCUUCCAAAUAAAUUGUUUAUUUUAAUAAA